AUGGCGCCUAAGAAGAAGGGAAACAAGAACGGCCAAAACGACUGGGAGACCGAUCUGGGCGAGACCAUUGCCCCGCAGGAUGCCAAUGGCCAACACAACGCCGACGAUGCUAAUGCCAACGGCGAUGACGAAGCUGCUUCCGGAGGCGGCGGAGGCCUAAUGGCCCAGCUGCGCAAGAACAAGCAGAAGCGCAAGAACAAGGGCGGCCAGGACAAUGACUUUGUCGACGGCGAGGAUGCUUCCGGCGCUGCCCCUCUAGCUGACCUCGCCGGAAAAGCUGCCCAAGAGGCCUCCAUGGACGACGAGUUUGCUCUUCCUGCGAAAAAGGGCAAGGGUGGCAAAGCCAAACCCGCGCCCGCAAAGCCUGCUGAAGCUGCUGCCGACGACGACGGCGACGACGGCGGCCGCAUCCUGACAAAGGCCGAGAAGGAAAAACUCAAGAAGGAGCGCGAGAAGCAAAGAAAAAAGGAGCAGGCUGCCAAGAAGAAGACUCCCACCACGGCAAAGUCAGAAGCUGCAAAGCCCGCGGCCAAGGAAACUGCUGCUGCUGUUCCCGAGGUGUCCGCCCCCGCCCCCGCCCCCGCCGCCGAGACGGGAGGCAAGAAGAAGAAGCUCCCCGCCCACAUUGCCAAAAUUCAGCAGCAGCAAGAAGAACUUCGACGUCAAAAGGAGGAGGAGGAACGCAUUAGGGCUGAGCUGGCCGCCAAGGAGGCCGAGGCUGAUCAGCUCGCCGAGGAAGAAGAGAGGCGCAGAGAAGAGGCCAAGGCCCUGAAGAAGCAAAAAGAAAAGGAGCGUAUCGAGCAGCUCAAAAAGGAAGGAAAGUUUAUGACCAAGGCCCAAAAGGAGGAAAAGGCUCGCAACGAGCGCAAGCUCCAGCAGAUGCUGGCGGCCGGUAUCAAGGUAGGCCCUGCGGAUGAAGAAUCUGCACCUAAGAAGAAGGCCGCCCCGGAGAAAAAGCGCAAGGGCAAGAUGGAGCAAAAGGCAGAGGAAGAGGCUGCUCUCGCUGCCGCUGCCGAGAGAGCCAGGAUACAGGCCGAGGAGAUUCUGAAAAAGGCGGAAGAGGAAAAGAAGGCCAAGGAGCAGGAAGAGGCUGCCAAGAAGGCCGCCGAGGGAAGCGAUGUCGAAGAUGACUGGGAGGCGGCGGCUGAUGACGAUGAUGUCAAAGACAGCUGGGAUGCCGACAGCGACGAGGAGGCUGAGAAAAAGGCCGCUGCCAAGGCGGCACUGGCCUCGCAACGCAAGGAGGCUGAUGACUCGGACGAGGACUCUGACGAAGACUCUGACGACGACAGCGAAGACGACGAGGAAGUUUCCAGAGCGCAGGCCGCCGCGGCUCAGCGCAAAAAGGAAGCCGCCGAGCGCCGUGCCGUCGCCCACAAGGCAGCCAUGGAUGCCCGUUCUAAAGACAACCUCCGCUCCCCCAUUUGCUGUAUUCUGGGUCACGUAGAUACCGGUAAAACAAAGCUCCUGGACAAGAUCCGACAGACCAACGUCCAAGAAGGCGAAGCUGGUGGUAUUACCCAGCAGAUUGGCGCCACAUAUUUCCCCGUCGAAGCCAUCAGGCAGAAGACGCAAGUCAUCAACAAGGACGGUGCUUUUGAGUUCAAGGUACCCGGUCUCCUGGUCAUUGACACGCCCGGUCACGAGUCCUUUUCCAACCUCCGAUCUCGCGGAUCCUCGCUCUGCAAUAUUGCCAUUCUGGUCGUCGACAUCAUGCACGGUCUGGAGCCCCAGACGCUUGAGUCGAUGCGUCUGCUCCGCGAGCGCAAGACUCCGUUCAUUGUCGCCUUGAACAAAAUUGACAGACUGUUUGGCUGGAAGAAGAUUGACAACAACGGCUUCCAGGAGAGUCUGGCGCUCCAGAACAAGGCGGUCCACAACGAAUUCGACAAGCGUCUGUCCGAGACCAAGCUCGCCUUUGCUGAACAGGGGUUCAAUGCUGAGCUCUACUAUGAGAACCCGUCCAUGUCCAAGAAUGUCUCGCUGGUGCCCACCUCUGCCCACACUGGAGAGGGUAUCCCUGACAUGCUCAAGCUCAUUAUCCAACUGACACAGGAGCGCAUGACCAAUGCUCUCAUGUACUUGUCCGAAGUCCAGGCUACUGUUCUCGAAGUCAAGGCUAUCGAAGGCUUCGGCAUGACUAUUGACGUCAUUCUGUCAAACGGUAUUCUCAAGGAGGGCGACCGCAUCGUGGUAUGCGGUACUGAAGGGGCCAUCAAGACAAAUAUCAGAGCGCUGCUCACACCCGCCCCUCUCAAGGAACUUCGUCUCAAGUCGCAAUACGUACACAAUAAAGAGGUCAAGGCUGCUCUUGGUAUCAAGAUUAGUGCGCCGGGCCUGGAGGGCGCCAUUGCCGGUUCUCGCUUGAUGGUUGUGGGCCCCGACGACGACGAAGAUGACAUCGAGGACGAGGUUCUGUCCGACCUCGACAACCUUCUGAGCCGUGUAGAAAAGUCGGGUCGUGGCGUCAGUGUCCAGGCGUCCACCCUUGGUUCCCUCGAAGCCCUGCUGGAUUUCCUCAAGGACUGCAAGAUUCCCGUCGCCAACGUCGGCAUCGGCCCCGUGUACAAGCGCGACGUGAUGCAGUGCGGUAUCAUGCUGGAGAAGGCGCCCGACCUGGCCAUUAUGAUGUGCUUCGAUGUCAAGGUCGAUAAGGAGGCGCAGCAAUACGCCGACGAGCAGGGCAUCAAGAUUUUCACAGCCGAUAUCAUCUACCACCUUUUCGACGCGUUCAACCUGCACAUGAAGGAGAUGCUGGAGAAGAAGCGUGAAGAGUCCAAGCUGCUCGCUGUCUUCCCCUGCGUGCUUAAGCCCGUCGCCAUCUUCAACAAGACGGGCCCGAUUGUCAUUGGUGUCGACGUCGUGGACGGGCAACUCAAGAUUAACACCCCCAUUGCGGCCGUCAAGACCAACCCCAUCACCAACGUCAAGGAGAUUAUCAAGCUCGGUCGCGUUACAUCGAUUGAGCGCGAGCACAAGCAGAUUCCCGUCUGCAAAAAGGGACAACCGUCGGUGGCGAUCAAAAUCGAAAUGGGCGGCACCCAGCCCACUUACGGCCGGCAGCUCGAGGAAUCGGACCAGCUGUACAGCCACAUUUCGCGCGCGAGCAUCAACUGUCUAAAGGAGUUUUACCGCGAAGAGGUGACGAAUCCGGAGUGGAACCUGAUUGUCAAGCUCAAGCCGCUGUUGGAUAUCCAGUAG